GGCCGGGACGCGGGGGGCUGCGGGCCAGCGCGGGCAGCCUUGGGCGCCGGCGGGAGGGGGCGCGGGACGGGAGCGUCACGGGAGAGGGCGCGACCCCGCCGCUGGGCCCCCGCCAGCCCCCGCCGGUCGCCCGCCGUCUGGGCAUUCCUUCUCGUGCCGCCACCGCCUCAACUUUGGUUGUUCGGUAACAUUGUAACCAAGAACCAGCUCGUCGGCUCUAGCGCUGGGGCUCCUCCUAAGAGAACCACCGAGGACACAAUGUUUACAAGAGGGCUGAAGAGAAAGUGCGUGGACCCCGAGGAAGCCGUGGAAGGGGGCCUGGCUGGCCACAGCCUGCAGCGGCAGUCGCUCCUGGAUAUGUCCCUGGUCAAGCUGCAGCUGUGCCACAUGCUGGUCGAGCCCAGUCUCUGCCGCUCUGUCCUCAUAGCCAACACUGUCCGGCACAUUCAGAGAGAGAUGACCCAGGAUGGGGCGUGGCAGGUGGUGGUGCCCCAGGCUGCCGGACGGGCGCCCCUUGACCGCCUGGUCUCCACGGAGCUCCUUUGUCGCACGGCAGCUCGGGAGCAGGAGGGGUGGCGCCCCAGCCCUGACCUGGGAGACAGCCACGCGCCGGACCUGGUUUCUGGACCUGCCAUGGUCCCGUCUGCACAGGCCCCAGGGAGCCCGCAGAGUGGUCCCCUGGAAGUGGACAGCCCUCCCGGAAGCAGAGGAAGCUUCCAGAAGUCUCUCGAUCAAAUACUCGAGACGCUGGAGAGCAAGACCCCCGGCUCCGUGGAAGAGCUGUUUGCUGACGCGGAUAGCUCCUACUACGACCUGGAUGCCAUGCUGACAGGGGUGGCGGGCCACUGCGGAGACGGGCUCCAGGCCUUCGCCUCCGCGGCCGCCCCACCUCCCAGCUCCAGCUUCAGGUCGGACCUGGGCGACCUGGACCACGUGGUGGAGAUCCUGGUAGAGACCUGAGCCUCUGCCUGUGCGGCCCACGGGACACGAAGCAGGCGGACUUGUAAGACCCAUGGAUGCCCAGAGCUCUCGGUCUGUGGACGCUGGCCGCCCACAGCCUCAGGGCCAGCCUCUGGCUUGCCUGUGACUAACAUGUCUGGAGGGGAGUCUGGUCGGUCUGCUCCCCACCCCGGCCCCUCCUGAGCGGCUGGGCAGUCCUGGGGCCGGUCGCUCCAGCCCAGCACCCUCGCCCCUCUGUGUCCUGCUGUGGCUUCGUGGAGGACUCAAGUUGCCACAUGCACUCAGCCUCGUUUAACUUUAUGUUUACUUUUAAAAAUUAAGUUUUUUAUGUUUGGGGCAAUAUUUUAUCUUAAAAUAUAUUUUUUAAACUUUUAUCUCUAGAAUUUUUCAGCUAUAUCCUUAAAAGUAUAUUUUUUCUGUAAACAUUCUUUGCUGCUACAUUAGAAACUUUUA